AUGGCGGACACCGUGCAAUUCUACAUGGAGGAGAUGAUCCCCGAGAUGCGAGAUCUCGAGCAGAAGGGCAUCUUCUCAAAGACAGAGAUCAAAUCCAUCAUCAAGCAGCGCCAAAAGUUCGAGUACGCUCUCAAGCGCAGGAUCAGCAAGAAGGCAGACUUUCUCCGUUAUAUUGAGUACGAGAUGAACCUGGAGGCAUUGAGGAAGAAGAGACGCGCCCGCAUGGUCUCUGACACCAAGAUGUCGAUUUCGGAUUAUGCAGGACCUCGCCGCAUCUACUUUAUCUACAAGCGCUGCCUCAUCAAGUUCAAGGGCGACAUCUCGAUCUGGCUGCAGUACAUCGAUUUCGCAAAGAAAAACGGUGCCACCAGGACUCUCGGAAAGAUAUUUGCCCAAGCGAUUCAGCUUCACCCAACUAACGAAAAGAUGUGGAUCCUGGCAGCCGCUUGGGAGUGGGAGGAGAACGCCAACAUUGUCGCAGCAAGAGUUUUGCUUCAGCGUGCUAUCCGCCUCAACACAACGACAGAGAGUCUCUGGCACGAAUACUUCAGACUGGAGCUGGUUUACAUUGCCAAAAUCCUCGCACGUCGCCAGGUUCUUGGUAUUGAUGUGUCGAACAAGGAGGCGGAGGAUGAUUUGAUGGAGGACGACGAAGUUGAUACCAAUAACAUGAUUAAGCUCCCAGGAGUCACAGGCGAGGAGUACUCAGAGUUCCUCAAGGAGGAUGAUGCCAAGGAGGAAGGGUCCAAGAAAUCGAGCAAAGCAAAGCAGGGCAAGAAGGAGAAGAAGAAGAAGGAGGCACUCACAGAGGAGAAGGCUGAGGCUUUGCAGACGGAAAAGAACCCUGUGCUUCGGGGAGAUAUCGCCAUGGUCGUGUUCAGGAACGGUGUCGAGACUAUCCCAACCUCAUUCUCCUUCCGCAAAGGAUUUCUGGAUAUCGCCAACUCUUUCAUCAAGCCAAAGCCAUUGAAGGAGGAUUCGAUCCAGGAGAUCUAUGACUCGAUUGAGCAAGGCUUCAAGGGCUUGCCCGAGGCUCGUGCUCUGGUUGCCCGCCGUGCUAUCGAUGCCUUCAAAGUGGACGAGGAGGGAUAUGCCAUGGGUGUCGCUGAGACUGUCAAGGGAUUCUGGGCAGCGUGUGAGAGUGGAGACGUCAAGAUGGUUGAGCUCUUUGCCCAGAACAUGACCUGGGAGUACCGCAAGACAAAGGAGGAGAACUUGAAACUGUAUUUCUCCAAAACGAUCGACAGAAUCUUUUCUACCGCCAACAAGAAGAAGAUCCACUCGGAGGCGCUGUACCUGCUCCAUGUCAACUGGAUGCUCUCCUCCUCCACACAGUCGUUCGAUGUGAUUUCCAAGAAGGCUUUGACUGUUCUCGACAAGGCAGUAGCAGAACACCCCGAGUCGACCGCAUUGACGAUUCAGCAGAUUCGUCUCUUGCGCUCAUUCUCGCGCUCGGAACAAAUCGCAAGAUUGCCUGAAAUUUUUGCCCGCGCCCUCAAGGUUCACACAGAAAGUUUCGAGGUCUGGCGCGAGUAUGCUACCUUCCUCCGGACCGCCUACAGGGAAGAGGACAUGACCAAGGAGCAGGUCGAAGAGGCCUUCCUGGAGGCAGUACGCAUCACCACCACCCUCCUGCCCGAUGUCACUGAGGAGAGAGCCGAUAUCGGAUUGAUCAAGCAGAGUGUCAGCGGUUGGUUCCUGGACUGGAUGAACGAGACUGAGGGCAUCGAGGGAGUCCGUCGCUUAUACCAAAGCCUGAUGAAGAGGAGCUUGCCGGACCUUGGGUUCUUCAUGGCAUGCAUUCAACUCGAGAAGGAGAACUCUGUCGACCAGCCAGGAUCAAGGAAAGCGAUCGCCAUGCUCUACGAGAAGGCCAUCCACACGAACGAGAAGAAUGAAGAUAUCUACUUGUCAUUUUUGAAGUUCUUGAACGAGACUGGUCAAAUCGAGGCGGCCAACAAGGUGAUGUGGAGGGCAGGCAAGGCUGUCGAGAACAGCGACGCAUUCUCGCAGCGGUACAGCGAGCUGUUGGAGGGUCAAUGGGUUGAGCCAUCGUUCGGCGUGACCAAGUUGGAGCUGGAUAUGGAUGUUGACACAGAGGAUGUGACGAUGUCUUCAUAA